AUGUACUUUGGCGUACUUUCCCUGCCUACUUUAAACUCGUGUUUUAAUAAUGAUUAUCGUGUAUUUCCGUACUGUGAGACUAUAAAGCGUUUUGCUUGGCUCAAGCAAGGAGGAUCUACAACACUGAAAUUAUUCCAAUACUUUCUUGUUACCUAUGAGAAGGAUACUGAUUCAUAUGUCACCGUUGAUGUAUCGAAAAUAAUGUCUGGAUUCGAUCUUAUGACAAAACCGUCUUCAAGUACACCAUCUGUAUCAAACGUGAUGUCAUAUACUUACCAGGGUAUCAUCAAUCCAACUGUUCCUCCGAGAAGCACAUUCCGCUCCAUCUAUCUAUGCCAGUAAUUCCCUGUAUGCCAGACCAGCAAUUGAGAAGCCAGUCCCUCUCAUGGUAUUUCCUUACAGCUUACUGAGAAAAUAUCUCGUCACAACAUUUCCACAAAGUCAAGUCAGAUGAGUAAAUCGUGCACUAGGGGUCAAGCAAAACAAUAGAAAGUACGAUGACGGACGUAUACGAUGAUGCAAUCCAGACUGAUAUGCUCGGUGAAGCCGACGGGACCUUUGUAAAUCAUGCCAAUUCUCUCAUGUU